UAUUAAUUCAAACAAUAAAUAGUAUUCCACUUAUACACCACCACACUUUCCAUCUAGGGUCCACGAACCUGCUACUGAAGCUCCCUUUUCCACUUUCUUUUCCAUAUAUAAACCCUUUCACUCUUUCUUCCACUCUCAUCUUCAAUUCUCUAUACUUUUUCCUAUUCUGAACUCACUUCCAUUAGCUACCAAUGGCUACUUUUGAUGAAGCAUCAGCUCUCGAUUUCAUUAGACAACACCUUCUCAGUGACUACGAAACAUCAAAUUCCGAAUCUGAUCUAUCAGUUUCUGAUUACCUUACCUUCGAGGAACAACCUGUAACUGAUUUCUCAAUAAACCAUACGGUGCCGGAAUCCAUUAACAAUGAAACCGGAAAAUCUCACUCGAAGAUCAAUUCGGAGAAAUCAGAGUCCGCUGAGGAGGUGAAGGUACACUACAGAGGCGUACGACGAAGGCCGUGGGGAAAGUACGCUGCGGAGAUUCGAGAUCCGAAGCGUAACGGGGCGAGAGUGUGGUUGGGGACGUUUGAUACUGGUGUUGAAGCGGCUAAGGCGUAUGACAGAGCCGCAUUUCAGAUGCGUGGCUCUAGAGCGAUUUUGAAUUUUCCUCUACAGGUUGAGAGUUUAAAGGAGGAGAUAACAGAAGAAAAUAAAGCUUUAAUCAUAGCUUCCAGCGAUGGGUGCAGGAAAAGAAUGAGAGAUGAGAAUGAGAUGGAGGUGGUUGUGAAGAAGGAGAGGUUGUUAGAGACGGUUAGUUUGCCGUUAACGACGUCAAGUUGUGUGACUGAUUGGGGUGAGAAUUGGGGGAACAUGAUGUUGUCCCCGUUAUCUCAGUUUAUGGUGAUUUAGAAUUUAGAAGUUAAAACUUUGAGUUUGUUGGUUCUACAUUUGAUUUUGAACAUUUAUUUAUUUAUUUUUUAUUUGGUUCAACAAACAUUCAGUAAUUCUAUAUUUUUUUAGCUCAACAUA